CCGCUUUUAUGUAAACACUGAAGCGGACCAUCAUGACGACAGCACGGACAGAAGUAAUAUUGAUCAUAGCAGUGUUCUGUAUACAUAGUGUUGUUUUUGCUGGAUUAACGUCUAUUGAUGAGACAACUCUGUCAUCAGAACAACCCAGGACUCAGAGACAGGCAUGUGCAGCAAAACCUUUCCCGAAGAUUAAAGGACCUAAAUCUAAACAUGAUAAAAUAGCCAUCAUAGGUGCUGGUCCCUCCGGGAUCCACAUGGCGUACAGACUUAAGGAAGAGGGCUAUACUAGAGUAAAGAUAUUUGAGAAAAAUGACUAUAUUGGCGGGAAGUCGAAGACCCUGUAUCACCGACGAGUGCCCCAUGAAAUGGGUACCGUGUACACCCAGCCUGACUACACAGAAAUCUACAAGCUGGUCAAAGAGUUUGAUGCUGGAGAUAUCCUCCCUAUGCCCUCACCAGACAUAUGGGUCAGCAAGAAUCCUCCAAUUUAUAUGACAACUCUGGAAAACAGUAUCCGGAUAUUAAUGAAAAAUCGUCCAAAUAUUACCACUCCCACAGAGGCAGCAGGAAUUAUCCAGCAAUCCAUUGUUAAAUAUGUAGGAUUGCACAACACAUUGUUUGGGACGUACGAAGGGGAGUUGAUGCCUCGACCGUGUGAAAACGUACUGUCACAAGUUAACAUGACUUUCGAAGUGUUUCUUACAACUAACAAUAUUGAAGGACUGGAAGGUAUAAUAUUGUCUGCGCUAACAAUGCAAGGUUAUGGACAUAUUGACGAAAUAUCAGCUCUGUAUGGGAUGAUGUGGGUUACCCCGCAACUUCUCCUCGGUUUAGUUAAACCGAUAAUAACGCCAGAAGACCGGGUUGUAAAGAUUUUAAGUAAAGGGUUUCAGUCUCUGUGGGAGCAAAUAGCAAGACAAAACAAUCUCAAUGUAAAGUUGUCGAGUCCAGUCAAAACAGUGUCGUGUUUAAAACAUGGUAGAGGCUUCUGUGUAAAGUAUAUGAAAUGUGGUAGAUUAUAUGGAGAAAAGUUCGAUUUUAUUAUAACAAGUCCGACGAUGAAAUCUAUGUCGGAUAUAAUCAGAUUUAAACCCAAAGUACGGGAACUGUUCAGUAAGACAUUCAACGACUACUUCACGACCACCUUAGCGGAUACAGACUAUGGAGUGAACAGGGGCAAGACGCCUCAAGAUUACUACGCGUUCAACAUAAUCGCCAAAGAGGAAAGUUCUGUCUGGGGGCACAGGGACUCGUAUUCUUCACUAAAUUACAUUAUAGAAGGAAACUACACUGAAGGAAAUCCAGGUGGACAGAAUGUACAAUCAUCUGUCUACUAUCAACUCUCUAAACAGAAACCGGACCCGAAAACUCUCACCCGGAAAUUGAGGGCCCAUAUUUCGACUGUUGAAGUAUCCGAUAAUUUGAAAAUAAAAGAUAGAUUUAUCUGGAAUUAUUUUCCUAGGUAUUCAGUCUCAGACAUGGCAUCGGGAAUAUUAUGGGAUAUAUUUGAUAUCCAGGGGAAGCACAACAUAUGGUAUAUUGGAUCGUCUGUGAGUUUUGAGUCUGUUAAGAGCGUAGUGGAAUACAACAACUUACUACUUAGACAAUUAUCUGGUAACAAUUGAACGACAACAAAUAAUUGAUUGGGUUUGUCAUGGCAUCAAACUACAUAUUCUCUGUUAAACAUCAAAGGAAAAAG